AUGUCUACGAACUCACUGCCAGCGAUACCCACCGAACUCCUCGCCCAGAUAUUCAAGUCCACCGACAACUUCGCAACAGCUACCGCACUGAGCAGCACGUCCCGCAGAUUCCAUUCCAUCUGGAAGACACACUCGCCUUCGAUCUGCUAUGCCGUCCUCGUCCGCACGAUUCCGUGCUAUGAUCAAGCCUUCGACUAUGUCAAAGCUCAGCCACCGGACGCCACCAGCUCCGAGCAGAUCCGAGACACGGAUCUGCUGGCAAUCAACCUCACCAAGCAGUUCUGUGGAAAUGCAGAGAUUGCACGCCUGGCUUUGCGACAAUACGAAACUCAGAUGAUCGCACGCCUUUCUGUUGAGACUCCAGGUCCCAGCAGCUUGACCGAAGCCCAGCGCACAUCAUUCCUGCGAGCUUGGUACCGCAUCCACACGCUCGCAAGCCUACCGACCGAUCCACUACCCUACGACAAGUUGGCUUCCUUGAACCUCCUCGAGUUUGAGCAGAUGAUGGAAGCGUUGCGAUGGCUGAUGUACUAUUGCCCCAACGAGCAUCGAACCGAGCUACGCAUCAGCUUCCAGCUUGGUGGCCUGGAGGGUUCUCUCUGGUCCCGUCGACUGCCCAAGUCCCCGAUCUCUGCCAAACACUGGAAUGAUCUGAUGACACGCCUCGGCUCUCUGAGACAAGACCUGCACCAGUCCCCACUCAACCAUCGAUGUCCCAACUGUGGAGAACUCUUCUUCUGGCAGUUCAUGGUUCACGAGUUUUGCUUGGAAGUCAAAGGGUCCGGGAAAGGGGUCAGUCUGGCGGACAUGCUACCUCUGAUCCGCGAGCGGAAAGCCCCUGACCAGCUGUAUAAGCUCUCUUCAUGGGGUCAGGUUGGCAAGACGCGAAGGACGUGGUUGUCAUGA